ACAAAUCGUCGCGAAUAAGCGCGCGAAACGCACGCGCAUGAUACUAAUUCGAUAAGGCUUAACGCCGUUAAUUUCCAAUCGUUAUUUAAUACGUUACGUUUCUCAUUGCUUGUGAAUACGGAUUUGUUUUUAUAUUGGAGAGGCAAAGGAAGUGAGGCUUUUGGCGCAUUCAAACGAGAGGCAGUGUAGUGAAAAUAAAUUUAUGUGAAUGAUCGUUUGUAUGUGUUCAUGAAAAAGUGAAUUAUUGUGUGGUGUUAACGUAUUACGUGAAUUAAAGCUCGAAUUAUAAUAAUCUACCUGGUUUCAAAAAUGGAAAGGUCACGGUGGCCGAUCUUUUGGCUGCCUAUACUUAUGGCGGCGUCAGUCUGCGGCAGUGAUAUCCUCAUGAUAACUAUGGGCGGUACGAAGUCACAUAAAAUGCCGUUUUGGGAACUCGCCAGAGGAAUGAUUCGAAGAGGUAACAACAUCACAUUAAUCAGUGCAUUUCCACCUGACUUUCACAUACCUGGCUUAGAAGAGAUCGCGCCGGAGGGAUUGGCUUCAUAUGUGCGCGGCUAUAUGACCUUCGACUUGGUCGGCGCACGGAUGAGGGGAGAAGAACCUCUUCCUUUAUACGACAUUCUCCGAUAUGGAUACGAGGCAUGUGACGCAUUCCUCAAUGACUUCGAGACAAGAUCCUUCCUUCGAUCUGGAAGAACCUAUGAUCUUAUCAUACUUGAUGGCGCAUAUCCUGAGUGCGCAUUGGGAGUGGUUUAUCGACUGAAAGUGCCUUUCAUGUACAUCAACACUGUUGGUUUCUAUUCUGGUCCGGCGAGUAUGUCCGGUAGUCCAGCUCCUUACUCCGUCACUCCAUUCUUUGGAAGAGCAUUUACGGAUAACAUGGGUUUUAUAGACAGGGCUUUGAAUGCAGCCUGGCAUAUAGGAUCCUUGGCGGCACAUCGGUUCAGUAUGACGAUACUUCAAGGCGUAUUACGAAAACACUUUGGACAACAGAUCCCCCAUGUGUAUGAUAUGGCAAAGAACGUGAGCUUUAUUCUUCAGAAUGGACAUUACUCUGUGUCUUAUCCUCGUCCGUACUUACCAAAUGUUGCGGAAGUCGCUUGUAUCCAUUGUAAGGAGCCGAAGAGAUUGAACGCCGUCAUUGAAGAAUGGAUCGCUGGUGCAGGCGACGCUGGUUUUGUCUACGUAUCUAUGGGAUCUUCAGUAAGGACCAACAAAAUGCCACUUGCCGCCCAUCAUAUGAUCGUCAAAGCUUUAGGUCGCCUACCGCAGAGAGUUCUUUGGAAACAGGACGCGGAGCAAAACCUAACGGACAUUCCAUCAAAUGUGAGGCUUUAUAAAUGGCUGCCGCAACAAGAUUUACUUGGUCACCCUAAGAUAAAAGCUUUCGUGACCCAUGGUGGUCUACUAAGUAUGUUCGAGACGGUCUACCACGGAGUGCCAAUUGUGUCCAUCCCAGUCUUCUGCGAUCACGAAGCUAAUGCUGCUAAAGCCGAAGUCGAUGGUUACGCUAAAAUUCUCGAUCUGCAGCAUUUGACUUCUGAUAAACUAUACAGAGCAAUAAAAGAAGUUAUUGAAGAGCCUAAAUAUAAAAUAGAAGUGAAAAAGAGGCAGAUACUGUUGAGGGAUCAGAAGGAGACACCUCUGGAGAGGGCAAUAUAUUGGACCGAGUAUGUCAUCAGACACAAAGGAGCGUACCAUUUACUGUCACCAGCGAAAGACUUGAACUUCUUCCAGUACUAUUUGUUAGAUGUUGCCUUUGUAUUCUCUGUGAUAUUAAUAACAAUUUCAGUCCUUAUCUCCUACAUAAUUAGGCGUAGUUUUAAGCGGCUAGUUGAUUAUGUACAAAGCAGGCGCAUGAAGAAGUUGAUCGCUAAAUCAAACGUACUGUUAAAAAACUCGAAAAAGUUUAUCGACCCUACUUCAAUAGCUAAGAAAAAUUUGUAGUUAUCCACUGUAUACGCGUUUAGGUUAUUAUUUAUGCAUAAUAGUUACCGAGAGAGUUACCAUGUGAGAUUGUUAUAUUUAUCACUAAUAUAAGGUGAUUUGAGUUUAAAAUUCAGAAGCUAACUUUUGAAGAGAUUAAAUUAAGUUUAAACGUGUAGGGAAUGUUUUGUAAAGAUUGUAAAUAUUUAAUGUAUUUAGUGUUGUAAGAAUUUGAUAAAAUACAUAUUUAUACAAAUU